ACCUUCUUCUUCUGAUCGUCAACGUCAUGUCUCGUGAAACCAGCGAAUCCAGCAGCCACAGGGGGCGCUACACCAAACCGGUGCCGACGUCCAACCUCGCGAGUGAAGACGAUGAUUUUCCAGAAUUUGAACCUUUCGAAGGCGUUGAGGCCACGCCCAGAACCUCGUCUUCUGAACCUCUGUCGGUGGAGGACGUGGACAUGUGUCAACAGAUCAACAAACCCAAUCACUACACGUCCGCCUACGACCUGGAGAACCUGGUGGUGCGCCGCGGCCAGGAGUUCGUGGUCAGAAUCACCUUCAGCCGCGCGCUGACUGAGCAGGACGACUUCCAGAUCGAGUUCCUGAUUGGCUCCAACCCCUCUGCCAGUAAAGGCUCCCUGAUCGUGGUGACGUUCGGCUCCCGGCCCGGUGGCCCCUGGUCCGGCCAGAUCCUGGAGGUUCAGGGGCCGGUGGUGAAUGUCGGCAUCACCCCGCGACCAGACGCCAUCGUGGGGAAGUUUCGUACGUACGUGGCCAUCAAAGCGAACGGCGGCCUCCAGAGGACCGGCAGGACGACCGGCACCGACAUGUACCUGAUCUUCAACGCCUGGUGUCCCGACGACUGCGUGUUUCUCCCGGAUGAAUCCGAGUGCCGGGAGUACGUCCUGAACGACUACGGUGUGAUCUACCAGGGCACUGUGGAAAGUGUGUCGCAUCGGAACUGGAUGUAUGGACAGUUCGAGCGUGGCAUCCUGGACGCCUGCAUUUACAUCCUGGAUUCGUCUCGGAUGCCGAUCACCGACCGAGGCGACGCCAUCAAGCUGAUCAGGAAGGGGUCGGCCAUGUUGAACUCUCAGGACGACAAGGGCGUGCUGGUGGGGAACUGGAGUGAAGACUUCUCCUUGGGCACGUCCCCCACGUCCUGGACAGGAAGCACCAGCAUCCUGCUGAAGUACGCCAGCACCGGCGUCCCCGUCCCCUUCGCUCAGUGCUGGGUGUUCGCCGGCGUCUUCAACACCUUCCUGCGCUGCCUCGGCCUCCCAGCGAGAGUCAUCACCAACUUCUCCUCCGCUCACGACAACACAGGGAACCUGAAGACCGACCUGAUCUUCAACCCGGACGGGACGCCGGACGAGCGCCACACCACCGACUCCAUCUGGAACUACCACUGCUGGAACGAGGUGUUCAUGGUGCGUAACGACCUCCCCCGGAGCCUGGGGGGGUGGCAGGUGGUGGACUCCACGCCGCAGGAGACCAGCGAUGGACACUUCCGCUGUGGACCGGCCUCGGUGGCUGCCAUCAGAGACGGGCUGCUGUGUCAUCCCUUCGACUGCGGCUUCGUCUUCGCUGAGGUCAACAGUGACGUCGUCUUCCACAAGCGAGAUCGUUACGGGGCCUUGAGUCCGUUCAGGGUCGACAAGAACCACGUGGGUCAGGCUGUGUACACUCAAGCUGUGGGGGGGUCAGGACCAGUGAACAUCACACACACCUACAAGUACCCUCAAGACAGUGCAGAGGACCAGCUGACCAUGAGUCGGGCGGAGGAGUACGGUUGUGCGAGGGAUCACUCGGAUCUGUCCGAGCCGGAGCUGUCAGUCAACAUCAGUGUCAACCAGGCCAUGCUGGGCCAGGACCUGAAGCUGGUGAUGGAUUUCCAGAACCAGGGUGAAGUCUCCAGAAGCAUCAAGGCUCACCUGUCCGGGUCGGUGGUCUUCUACACCGGGGUCUCCUCCGCUCAGAUCAAAGACCAGAGCUUCACAGUGACGGUGCUGGCCCAGCAGACGGAGCGUGUGCAGAUGAACAUCGCGGCUCAGGAGUACAUGCCUCACAUUGGCUCUCAGCUCUCCCUCCGCUUUGUUGUGACGGGUCAGGCUGACGACCAAUCAGUGAGCGCCAUCAAGGUGGUCGAACUGAUGACCCCGAAACUCACCCUGGAGGUGUUCGGUCAGCCUCAGGUGCAGCACCAGAUGUUUGUGACGGUUUCCUUCACCAACACCUUCAACUUCCCUCUGACCAGCGCCACCUUGUUCCUGGACGGACCCGGACUCAUGGGCGUCAGAUCACGCCCGUUCAUGGUCAUCGAGCCUCAGGCCUCUGUCUCCUGGACGGAGAUGUUCAUCCCUCGGUUCAGCGGCCAGCGACGCAUCUUCGCGCUGCUGGACUGCAUGCGCGUGAAUCAGGUGUGGGGAGUUGCUGACAUAUUCGUCUCACACUGAGAUGAUUGGUUCACAGAAGGAUGACCCCGCCCCUUGUCAUUUCCACCAAUCACAGCAGCUCUAGACAAGUGGGCAGAGCCAAUAACCAGCUCAAGUUAUUUUUAAUGAUUUAUUUUCCUCAGACAUGUGUAAAACCAAUACGACUCGUUUACUUUGCUCUGUUUUAUAAUAGGAUCAAAUUAAAUUCAUUUAAAUCUGGUUUAAAAUAAAUAUGAUUUAAACUGCAGAACUAUAAGGUUUAAAGAAAUAAAAUACUUAAUUGCAGCAUUAACUAAAUAGACUUUAAUGAUUUAGAGAGUGAAUUAGAUGAAAUUGGUCUUUUAUUAACCUUUAAACUCAGUUUAAUCAUUAAAAAGCUGAAGUGUGAACAGGAGCAGAAAGUUCAGGAAGAAGAUCUUUUAUUUAGUCUCUUUUUCUGAUUUCAUCUUGUUUUUAAUUUGCUUUUUGUCUUUAAUACAUUCUGUUAAUUUUCAACCUGUCGAAUAACAAUAAAGCUCAUUCAAAAACAA